AUGUACAAUGGAGUGAUUGUGAAGAACUUUCCCUUCAAGCUCGGACAGACCAUGACGGUUGUUGGAAUCCCUGAACUUGAUUGUCCAAAAUUUGAAAUCAACUUUGGCUCUGAUGAGUUCACCAUUGCACUCCACUUUAACCCUCGUUUCAACGCUGAUGGAGACCACAACACAGUUGUCUGUAAUUCUUUCCAGGACUUCAAAUGGGGUGAGGAGGUAAAAGUGGGAAGCUUCCCUUUCCGCCAGGGACAGGAGUUCACGGUCAUCAUUGAUUUCACUCCAACGAAGUUUGUCAUUACUUUAUCAGAUGGCUCUACAAUCAACUUCCCCAAUCGCAUUGGUGCAAAGGAAUACUCAGUCAUAAACGUACGAGGGAAAGUUUCCCUCAUCAGUUUGCAGAUUAAGUAGAUCUCCAUUCUCCCAUGUGCAUGAGGUGUCACCUCAAAUGCUCAUCAUAUAUUAAUCUGCGAGAUGAGAUUUUAGUGAGAUUAGAGCAGAUGCAAUCAGCCACACUUAGAAUGUCAUUCUGACAACUGAUUUGCUUUUCUGUGCUUUUGACAAUUAUUUUCAACCUUUAGCGUCUUUGUUGACAUGAACCUGUUUUGCUUUAUAGAACUUCAUAAAAUGUGCCAAAGCUUUAUUCACGGUGCCUUGAAGUGUUUGACAGUUUGCUUUCCAAGACAUUCCAUAUUUGUAAUUGGCUAUAAUGCUUACAUGGAACAAUGCCUAUUAAAAUAUGUAAUGA